UGUCAAAAGCAUUCCCGAUAGCGAAGUCGCGGCGCGGGAAACGACACCACUCCAACUGCGCUGCCGAGGAGAGAGCUGCACCGUUUUGUUGCGGACCGCGUUGUCGCGCUCGCGCCGCCUUUUCCGAAGGACAAGAGCGAGUGGCCGCUCCCGCCGCUGGUAUCGGUGGCACGGUGCCAGUGCUCGAGUGCGACAGUGGCGGCUACGUUGGCGACCGCGAGUUCGUUUGCGACGGGUGAAAGCGAGCGACUGUGUUGCCUGGGGUCUGGCGGGCUGCUGGGACACGUCAUUUGUGCGCCGGAGGCGGGCUUUCCAAGUUUCUGCUGGCGACACUUGUGGGUUGAUUCCGCAGUCGCACCCGUUAUGAAGCAUGGACACACAUCGUAGCUAGCUGCUGCCUACUUCUGCUGGCUGCACGAUCUACGUGCCUCGUGCACGAAGUGAGGAGCUGGUGGGCUUCGUAACAAGCGCUGGGGCCGAUGGCGUCGUACCAGGACAGCGGCCGCAGCGUGCUGGUGGCGGUGGCCUGCAGUUGGUGCCUCUUCUGGACCAUGAUCGUGAACCGCAGCGGCGGCAUCGUGUUUGUUACCAUGAUUUCCGAGAUGGGCGCCUCGCGCCAGGCCGCCUCGUGGCCCUUCUCGCUCCUUGGCGCCGUGUCCAACAUAUUCGGAGUCGUGUCAGGAAUUCUCCUGCGAAAGCUGCCACUGCGAGCGGUUUCUAUAGCGGGCAGUCUACUGGUGGCUUCGGGCAUACUGCUCAGCGUGGCUUUCUACGGGGUCAUCGGCAUCACCCUAUCUAUUGGCAUCAUAACCGCCGUUGGUCAAGGCUUGAUUUUCCCUUCCAACAUGGUGGCCAUUAACACGUACUUCAACAAGUACCGCGCGACCGGAAGCGGCAUCAGCUACGUGGGAGGCACGCUGGUCUCUUUCAUCUUUCCUUCACUGCUGGUAUACAUGCACGAGCAGUACGGGCUUCGCGGAACGCUGCUCAUCGUGGGCGGCCUGACGCUGAACGCCGUGGCUGGAUCGCUGCUCGUCGCCAAGCCCGACGAAGCGCUGCUCAGGCGGUCACCGCGGCGCCAGCCAGAACGUGAGAACGGCGACAAGCUCCUCAAUCAGGCAGGCCGGACCCAAGCUCGGAGUGGGGAUGAGCUGAGCUUCUUGCGGCGGCCCAUCUACUACGUGAUCGUCUUCACGGGCGUGGUGUUCGCCUACAACCUCGUCAUGUUCAGUGUGACCGUCGUGGACCACGGCAUGGGCCGGGGCCUUUCCAAGCUGCAGGCUGCUUUACUGCUCUCGUGCUAUGGCGCCGGAGAGUUGGUGGGGCGCAUAUCUUCGGGCAUCAUCUCGGACAAAAAACUGUGCCAUAGGAGGGACAUCAUGGCCGUGGGCUUCUUGCUGGCAUCACUCUCCCUGCUGGCGCUCAUCCAUGGGGACUCCGUCGUCCUGCUUGGGGCAGCCAGUGUGCUGUUUGGUCUUACUGGCGGCUGCAUCAUGAUCCUCUUCUCCGUUCUCAUGGUCGAGUAUUUCGGCCUGAAGAAGCUCCCCAUGGCCAUCGGUAUACACUGUCUAGUCAACGGGCUGUGCGCACUUCCAAGGCCACUCCUAAUAGGUUACUACAGAGACCGGGGUUCAUCUUACGCUGGCAUGUACCUGCUGCUUGCCAUCGUCUCGCUGGCAACGAGCCUGCUCUGGGCCAUCGAGUGCUUUGUGAAGUGGCGCGCCCAGAAGGCGACUGUAUUUCUCAAUCAGAAGGCUGCCUCGGUGAAUGAGAUGGCAGCCUCGGAAACAUAGCUACGGGGUGGUUUUUCCGUAGUAAAUUAUGCGUGUGCUCUGUGACCCCAAGAACAAGUGCGCCAACGUGCGGCUGCACAAGUGUGACCUUGACUGCACCCAUGACUGUUCCUACCAUGAACUGUUUCCUCCGACGAACACUUUCUUCUUGCGAACGUGGCAUUUACACGGAGGGAGUACCCAUGACUUGCAUUCAUGGAGCACAUGAAUCGAAGAACAGAAAAAAUGAAACUUGCUUCACUUUGAACUCGCCCUCUGGUUACGUAUUCUUGUCCGUCCAUGUACCGCUAAUAGCACACUGAUGUUCUCGUGUCAGGCCGAGUGGCUCUAGCUGAGAGAAUUGGCGAUGUUUACCCACUGGCUCCUACCACUGCGACUUCCCAGCUGGAUUCGUGAAUUAUAUUGCCACUCAGCCUCGUUAAUAUGUACCCCAGAAUUGUAAUUUGUCACGAACUUCUUGCUAAAGAUGAAAUUCAGAAAGGGUUGAAAAUUUUCACUUUAAAGGUAAUGUCAAACUUAGGACAUUCGUUUAAACCACACGAAUCUGAUAGGUGGCUAAGAGCAUUUUGAUACAUCUCUCCUGCUGCUAAACCGAAAGAGUCAUAAGAAGCCAGUGGAUAAGAAGUGAAUGAAAAAACAACUUGCUAGUUGUUACUUCAUCCACUUUUAGUCCAUUUUUUUAUGGCGUUUUACGCACCAAACCAGUUUCUGAUUAUGAG